AUGUCCAACUCUACAGGGGAUGCAUGUGUGUAUGAUAUGCUCAAGGCGAACUUUCUAUCGAGCCAGUCUGCUUGCGUCAAGCUGGUUGAUCAUAUACAUCAGGCUAGUCAUCUUGGCACAUUCUCAAGUCUUUCCUUGGAGAAGCAAAAGGAUCUCAAUGAGUUAGAUAAGAAGAAUGUUAAUAUGACCAGCAAGCUUUCAGCCGAAGAGACCAGCCAUGAAACCAGGAUUCACAAGAAAGCCUUCUUCCCAGCACAAAGGAGCCAGGAUACUCUGAAUAACAUGACAACCAUGAUGCAAUGGCAAGUUAGCAGGCAGUUCAAGAAGGACCGUGAGGUUGCCAUGGCCAGAAUUCCAAACCCAGAUGUUGUAGUCCAGCAACUAGACCUCCCUUAUGGCCCUCCACUAGGAUUGGCUUGGUCAUAUCAAAAGAAUCCUCUCAUUGCACAGAUAGCUGGAGUACAAGGGCAUGGAGAAAUCCAAGCUGGACAGAGGGGAGGAGCCCUUCCCAUCCAAGAGCAGGAAGGCCCAGUUCGACCAGAAGGCCCUGCACUAGUUCAGGUCCAACAAAAUCAGCCAAAACCUCCACCCAUUCCACAACUUGUAGCCCCACGUGAUCAACCCCUGGCACUUCUGCCUGACGCACUAGCUGUGUUGCCUUACAGAUCCAGAAGGAUGGAUCCUAAUCCAUUCCUUCCACCAGCAAGAGGCAGAAGGGGCAGAGGGGGAAUCAACCCCUUUGGCAACAAUGAUAGGAACAGAUCGGGGGCAAAUUAG